AUGCAGGUCGUGGCACAUGUGAACAGCGCCGUGAACACGGUGUGCGUGUGCCUUGGGCGUGGGGUUUGGGCAGUGGCCCACCAGCCCGGCCCGGCCUGUGCUGGUGUCUUGCAGGUGGACACAGAGAAGAAGCAGGUGACCGUGGAGGCCGGCAUCCUCCUGGCGGAUCUGCACCCACAGCUGGACAAGCACGGCCUGGCCCUGCCCAACAUGGGGGCCGUGUCCGACGUGACCGCGGCCGGCGUCCUGGGGACCGCAACGCACAACACGGGCAUCAGGCACGGCAUCAUGGCCACGCAGGUGGUGGCGCUCACCCUGCUGACGGCUGACGGCACCCUUCUGGAGUGCUCCGAGUCCAGCAACCCGGAGCUGUUCCAGGCCGUGCGGGUUCACCUGGGCUGCCUGGGCGUCGUCACCACCGUCACCCUGCAGUGCGUGCCACAGUUCCACUUACAGGAGACGUCCUUCCCCUCAACCCUGAGAGAGGUUCUUGAUAACCUGGAUAGCCACCUGAAGAAGUCCGAGUACUUCCGCUUCCUCUGGUUCCCACACAGUGACAAUGUCAGCGUCAUCUACCAGGACCACACCACCAAGCCCCCGUCCUCUGCGGCCAGCUGGUUUUGGGACUACGCUGUAGGGUUUUACCUCCUGGAGUUCCUGCUCUGGAUCAGCACCUUCCUGCCUGGCCUCGUGCAGUGGAUCAACCGCUUCUUCUUCUGGCUCCUGUUCAGCGGGAGGAGGCAACACAGCCACCUCAGCCACAGAGUCUUCACCUACGAGUGCCGCUUCAAGCAGCACGUGCAGGACUGGGCCAUCCCCAGGGAGAAGACCAAGGAGGCCCUGCUGGCGCUGAAGGCCACCCUGGAGGCCAACCCCAAGAUGGUGGCCCACUUCCCCGUGGAGGUGCGUUUCACCCGGGGGGACGACAUCCUGCUGAGCCCCUGCUUCCAGAGGGACAGCUGCUACAUGAACAUCAUCAUGUACAGGCCCUACGGCAAGGAUGUGCCAAGGCUGGACUACUGGCUGGCCUACGAGACCAUCAUGAAGAAGGUCGGGGGCAGGCCCCACUGGGCCAAGGCCCACAACUGCACCCGGAAGGACUUUGAGAAAAUGUACCCCGGCUUCUCGAAGUUCUGUGCCAUCCGAGAAAAGCUGGACCCCUCCGGCAUGUUCCUGAACACAUACCUGGAGAAGGUGUUCUACUGACGCCUGGACCCCAGCACCCCCAGGCCCCCUCCCAAGGCUACGGAGAUCAGAGCCCCCACCCCUGCCCCUCUGCCCCUGACG